CACAAUGGCGGCCUACAAGACACCAAGUGGUGUCGAUAAGAAACGCAAGUCGAAAAAGAGAAAGUCACGACUCGAAGUAUCGUCUUCAAGCGAAAGUGACAGCGAUGUCGAGACACAAAAGAAGAAAGAGCGAACUCCUAGUCCGGUAGAACAAGAGACCCAAGAAACUCCAAAGGCAACCCUCAAGAAAGAAAAGAAGAAACCCAAACCCACACAAGAGCACGAUGGCGACGAAAUCAUGAUAGAUGCUCUGGCUCAAUCUAAUAUUCCUAAGGCCACCAGCUCAAAAAUCCAAACGCCAGCGCAAACUCAAGAGGACUUUGAUGCCAUUUACCUGCGCAGAAUUACCACGGAGCUCGCAGAUGAUCUCGACAAGGUGCGCGAGGCACAGGAUUUCAAGGCGAGUAGUCUGCCUAUGUUGAUUCAUGCGCUGAAGCAGGGUGGGAGUGUGUUUAGUGCGGAGGAGAAGAGGAGGAUUGUAGUUGGUGGAGCUGCUGUGUAG